AUGCUCUUCCUCAAGCCCACUUUCCUCCUCCUCGGCUCUCUCUUCUUCAGUGCCACCCUCGGCCACGACGAGACCUUUGAGCAGCUCGUUGCCCGCGAGAAGCAUGUCGAGGCUGCCCGCCGCGACCUCGAGAGCUGCGCCCACAAGCUCCGUGCCCGAGACGACAUGAACUCCCGCAAGAUGCAGAAGCGUGAGGCCUGGAUCAACGAGUUUGUCGAGAAGCGUGGCAUCACCCGCCGCAGCGCCCCAUUCACAAAGAGGCAGACUUCCUCUGCAGCGGUUUCUUGCAUUCUUGCGCCGGAGGUCACCAUUGGUCCUUACUACCUCGACGGCAUGCCCAUCCGUGUCGACAACCGCGAGGGUGAGCCCGGUGUUGAGAUGCUUCUCGAGAUCGAGUUCGUCAACACGAAAACCUGCACGGUUAUUCCUAACCUCUACAUUGACGCCUGGCACGCAAACGCUACCGGCGUCUACUCCGGUUUCCAGGCCGAAGGAACCCUCGGCGAAACCCAACUCCGUGGCCUUCAGCCCACCGACUCCGACGGCAUUGCCCACAUCACCACGAUCUUCCCCGGCUGGUACCAAGGACGUGCGGUGCACACGCACAUCCUUGCGCACUAUGGCGGUACCGUCAGUGGUACCAAGUAUGUCGGAGGCUCACGCCCGCACAUUGGACAGAUCUUCUAUGAACAGAGUCUCAUCAGCAGCGUUGGAACUGUUUCCCCGUAUACUACGAACCGCAACCAGUUGACCACUAAUACUGCCGACGGUAUCUUCAACCAGCAGAACACUGGAUAUGAUGCUAUCGCCAACACCGAGCUUAUCGGAAGCACUAUUGCCGAUGGUGUCAUUGCUACCAUCUCUGUUGGUAUCUCUAUUUAA